AUGGACGCACAACAGCAACAACAACAAGAAACCCCAGACUGGGCUUUCGGUACUGCUACGCCAAACGUUUUCGAUGAUCUUUGGCAUCCCGAUAUGAGUGCCUUGGACUUCCAAUCGGCUUUCGACAACGCGAGCUACGCAACCCCUGGUACGGCCGACGACCUCAAUACCUUGCCACUUUUCGAUGACCUGCCAGUAAAUUAUAUGCACCCAGCAGAGCCUGCAGCCAACACUGGUGAUGUUAACGCGCUCGAUUCUUUUGCCUUCGAUCAGCUGAUACAAAGCUCUUGCUACCACGUCGGCGAAGCAACGCAGCCGCUGGCCAUAGAGCGAUGGCAGAAUUCGCCACCCGAGGAAGAGGCUGCAUCUCUAUCCGCAAUCUACGACGCCAUGGUUCAGCAGCCCUUUAGCGAAAGUUCCCGAGGGAGUCGCAACUCGAGCUUUGAUGCAUGCAAAGCCGAUGCUUUCAAAACUUAUCGAGGUCCGUCCUCAUCGACAAGUCUCGACAGCGGCGUCAGCGACAAUUCUGUGCAUUCGAACCAGUCCGGCACUUCUCAAUCGCGCCGUCGACGAGCCAACAAACCCCGCGCAGCACCAAAGUCGAAGGCAAAGCCAAAAGAUACAGCAGAUCGCAUCUUCAAAUGUACAUUUUGCUGCGAUACAUUCAAGCACAAAUAUGACUGGGCGCGACAUGAAAAGUCACUCCAUCUGAACAUGGAGGAAUGGAUCUGCACCCCACACGGUGGCUCGGUUGUACUUCCUCUAACGGGACGAGUGCACUGCGCCUACUGCAGCGCCCUCGAUCCAACGCAAAACCAUCUCGAGAGCCACAAUUACAGCGCAUGUCAAGGUGGUCAUACGACGCCUCGCACCUUCAGAAGAAAAGACCAUCUCGUGCAGCAUCUCCGUCUCGUCCAUGGGCUGGAGACGCUUCCCCUCAUUGACGACUGGAAAGUCCACUCUACUCCAGUGACGAGUCGCUGUGGCUUCUGCGAUGCACGAUUAGACAGCUGGGAAGAGCGGACGGACCAUCUUGCCGCGCACUUCCGCAGCGGGAAGACCAUGUGGGACUGGAAAGGCGAACACGGACUCGAUCCUGAGAUCGAUGCGCGUGUAUCAAACGCAUUUCCGCCAUAUCUCAUCGCAGCUCAAGCGGUAACACUCGUUCCCUUCUCUGCGACAAACCAUGAGUCGAUUGAUCACACGAAACAAGUCAUUUCGCAAAUGGAGUUAGAAUCUCUGAUAUCUGCGGCGCAAGAACACAAUCUUGAACCUGCUUUGUCACCAAUCGCGGAUGACCAGCCUCCGGAAUUUGCGACAGCAAAUGGGAACUUGUCAUUCCAGAACGUCGUCGAGACGCGAUUGUUCGCAGAUACGUUGACUCGCCAUCUUGCGCGGUUUGCGCGACAGCAAAUGAUGCUGGGAGUCAUGCCUACGGAUGAGAUGUUCCAGCGCGAGUCGAGAAGGUUGCUGUAUCAGGAUGCGGAUGACGCGUGGAAUCAAACGGUGGCAGAUGAUCCCGAGUGGAUCAGACAGUUUCGUGAGCGUACAGGAUUCAGUUGA